CUCCUCGCCUUCUUCAUUGAAGCUAGGUAUAUAAAAGCACGACAGAUCAAUCAUGUAAUAGUAGGAACGGAUCUAUAUCCACAUAAAGGUCUACAGUAUUCCACAACUUCAUAACUCGGAUUUGCUUUUGUAUCCUUAUUAAAAUUAGGCAAUUACCUCUUCGGCCAUCAUCGGAAACCAUGGGCUGUUUUUCCUCUAAACAGGCGUCCACUUCUACGUCAGCCAAUCGAUCAAUCGAAAUGCAACCCCUCGGACGGUCGGGGCAUCUUCACAAACUCAGUCCCAAGGAAUUGUCAGAACGGAAAGGGCGAUGUCUUCUGAGAUUUUACUAGAGUUUAUCGAUGCGACCAAUCGAGCGUUUGGAUCAAUAGAGGAUGGAAUCAUCGGAGGAGCUGCACUUGCGGCAUAUGGAAGUACUCGCGCUACGUCUGACUUGGAUAUUAUCGUUCCACAGAGCGUAGCUGAGGUUGUAGAGGGCCACCUUCUGUCGAAGGGAAUGGUUCGGACAGCCAAAGGAGGCAUUGGAUAUGUUGCUUCGGAUGGUGGCUGCUACGGGAUCGACAUCACAUCGGACAGAGCCAUCAGUCAACCCUUCAGCGCCAGCCAAGACACCCAGAUCACUGCACGAUCUAAGGCCCGACUCGCAAACAUGAGCUUCCUCCUCAACUCGAAAGCAUACUCUUAUAUGACACGGAUUGGCCCGGGUAUGAUGGAGAAGAAGCGCAACGAUGCUGCCGAUAUCUUGUUCAUCAUUGCCUAUUUGAAGAGACAACGCACCAAAGUCAGUCAGAAGGAAUGCCGCUAGGUCGUGGAUCACGACUUUUGGUCUACGUUUUGCCCUCUUUAUGAAGGCGUGGAGGGUUCUUUCCAGACUCUCGGCUUGCGGAAAGAUAAGACACCAAAUCCUAGCAAUCGCGAAAGCAUCAGAUCGAGUAUGGACAGACGGCGCUCUUCCCUGUCAUCCCGAGGCUCCUCCAGACGCUGAGCUCGAGAACAAAUAAUGAGGGAUCAAAUCUUUUCCUCGGGGCGUAGAUGGCGCUUGUAUUCUGAUGAGCUUACAUGUGUAUUCGUAUGUACAGACACACUGUUCGUGGAGACUGAACCGGAGUGAUGAGCGUUGAAGAUAUCACUGCGUCUUAAUCUAUGGUUUUCAAGGGUUCGAAAUAUUCUAAGUUACGACAUAUCACCUUGAUUUCAAAUGUAUCUUACUCGCAAUGUAUUGCUUAUUAGCUCCUUUUGAUG